CUCACAGGAGAAACGCGUGACAGCAUGACGAUAAACAAACUGUCCCGCAGCAGGAUGACAGUGACACAGGUGGAGGACUUCCUCACAAAACCUCCGAAAGGUUUCUCCGUGGAGGCUGUCCCCUCGGGGUAUCGAGUCCACAGCGACUCGGAGAAAAACCUGGUGCUCAUCGAUGACUUCGACUCCUGCAGAGGGAGAAUCGUUUUCCACAAGUCGCUGGGAAGGAAAGUCAAAAUGCACAAUUUAUGGGAGUACACCAGCAUGAGAAAGAGUCUGCUGUCCAAGAAGAUCUAUCUGCUGAUGUCUGCCUGCGAAGAGAACUUUUCAGUGACCAACAAAAAGGCAGCAGAUGAAGCCAGAGUUCUGAAGCAGUUUGUGGUGUCCAUCGACGGCAGCGAUCCUUUCAUCAAGUGGCAGAUGGAGAGAGGCCUGGACUGGACCAUCUCCUCUGUUGCUGGGGAGAGCUACAGAGUUGAUAUUGACUUGACCGAACUGCUGGAGAGCUGGGCAGCGAAACACAUCCACAUCAUAACUGACAAACAAAUAAAAGUCAAACCUGUGUGGAGAGACUCCUCCUUUACCCUGAAAUACUACUCUGAUGCCCUCUUUGACUUCCCACACUGGUUUGGGUUCAGCAAAAGAAAAUUUAACUUGAGACUGACAUGAGCCAGCGGUGGAUGAAGAGCAAGAAAAAGAGUUUAUCACACGCCUGGUUUUUGGUGGAGUCUGCUUCCUCAAGAAACUCUCUUAAAUCAACAGACGAUGUUUGUAGCCUGCCAGGUGAAGGACAAGCCUACCUCUUGGGACUGCAGGAGCUACCUGAUAACUGGGUCCAGAGAUUUCUCAUGAUCAGUGAGUGGAAACCACUGACAAGGACUGACAAUGAAAUUCUGAAUGCCAUGAAGUUUAUUUAGGCAACUUUUGUGUCUAUAUUGAUGUUUUUUCUUUCUUUUUUUUGCUACUAAACUCGAUUUACAUUUGUUGUAUGAGGGGUUAAAGGGGUCAAAUCUGAUUUACUGCACAACUAAAGGUUUGUAGACUUUUGUACUAAAGAAUCAGCACUUGUUUGUGAGAAGUUUUUAUUUUAUA